AAGAAAAAAAGGGAAUUUCAGUGCGCCGGAAAAUGGAAAGCACAUAUAUAUAUAUAUAUAGAGAGAGAGAGAAGGAGAGAGAAAGAGGAAAUUGCAAAACGACGACUUUGAGAAAUUAGAAACCCAAAAAAGCAAAGGCUUUAAAACACCCAAAAAGCAAUCGAAAGUCAAAGUGAGGCUGAAUCCAAUGGCUGGGAACAAGCCACCGCCAUCGUCGUCGUCGUCCAAACCUCCGCCGUCGAUCACUCUGCCGCCGCGAACUUCAAUCGAGAGCCUCUUCACCGGCGGGGCGGGCGCCAGCCCGGGGCCGAUGAGCUUGGUCUCCAGCUUCUUCGCCGAGAACGACCCCGACAAUGACUGCCGCUCCUUCUCUCAGCUCCUCGCCGGCGCCGUGCAGUCUCCGGCGGACGAGUUUAGGUUCCAGCAGAACAGGCCGGCCGUUCUGGCCGUGUCGCAUCCGCCGGGGGCGGGAACGUUCACUGUGCCGCCGGGAUUGAGUCCGGCGACCUUGCUCGAUUCGCCGGAUUUGUUUUCGUCGUCGCAGGGCCAUUUUGGGUUGUCGCAUCAUCAAAUCCUAGCCCAGAUUAGUGGUCAGGCUCAAGCUCAAGCUCAAGCUCAAAUGCAAUUUCAAUACUCAUCUUUCCCAUCUGCUCCUGCCUCAUCCAUAUCACACAUGCAACCUAUUCCUUCCAACGCAUCGUUUCAGCAGCAUAUACCUCCACCUUUGCCUGACACAAAGAAUAUCAAAGAGUCGUCUGAUUUUUCUCAAUCGGAUCAGAAAUUUCAACCUGCUAACUUUGCUGUUGAUAAGCCAACUGAUGAUGGGUACAAUUGGCGGAAAUAUGGGCAGAAGCAGGUGAAGGGAAGUGAAUUCCCUAGAAGCUACUAUAAAUGCACUCAUCCAAGCUGUCCGGUAAAAAAGAAAGUGGAACGCUCUCUCGAUGGUCAAAUAACCGAAAUCAUAUACAAAGGUCAACACAACCAUCCCCAACCCAGUAAGCGCCCCAAAGACAGUGGAGGCUCAAACGGAACAAUGAAUCCUCAGAGAAGCUCUGAGUUUGGCGGUGACAGGCUGAGCAAGCCCGAGGAAGGGGGAGCUAAAGAUCAAGGGUCGAGCCAGCUUACUCCUGAACAAGUAUCUGGAUCAAGUGACAGCGAGGAGGUGGCUGGUGGCGAAACUAGAGUUGAUGACGGACAUGAGGAUGAACCCGAAUCGAAAAGAAGGAUUGUUGAGGUCCAGAAUCCCGAGCAAGCAUCUUCUUCCCAUCGAACAGUUACUGAGCCUAGGAUCAUUGUCCAGACGACUAGUGAAGUUGACCUCUUAGACGACGGUUAUAGGUGGCGAAAAUAUGGGCAGAAGGUUGUUAAAGGGAACCCUUACCCAAGAAGCUACUACAAGUGCACGACUGCUGGGUGUAAUGUCCGUAAGCAUGUAGAGCGGGCUGCAAGUGACCCGAAAGCAGUAAUAACUACGUACGAGGGGAAGCAUAACCACGACGUACCAGCUGCUAAGAACAGCAGCCACGGAAAUGCCAAUGCUGCCACACAGUUCAGACCUCAGAACCCCGUGGCCAACAGACCAGCAGCGAGUAGAGGAAUCGAAUAUGGAAACGAGCAGCAAUCUGUCGCCCUUCUCCGGUUCAAGGAAGAACAGAUAACUUAACCCUCUCCAGAAAAGCAUACCACCAAGGUAUAUGAUGAGAUUACUUUUGAUGAAACACAGUGUGCUAUAUAUGCUUGAGCCAUUAUUUGAAUAUGGCUACAAUCAUAUUAACACAUUUCCAAAGGUUGCGAAAAACCAGAUUAUACAAAAAGAAAGUUGUGAGCUUUGAAUACGAGUGUUUGUAAAUUUUGAUCGACACGCAAAGAGUGAUUGUAGUGUUACUGAUACUGCAUUCUUUCUGUAAAUUAUUUAUAUUGAUAAUUUCGUUUUGUGUGAGCGAUGGGGAAGGAUUAUUGAAACCUUGCCUUUUCAAGAAAUAUAUAGUAUAUAUUUUUGUGUGCAA